UGCCAAUAUAAAUUUUCAUUCAAAGAAAUUUCGAGAUACGUAACGCACGUGUAAUCUCGGAAAAGUAGUGUUAUACCAUUAAGAGAAAAUCUUAUUUUUUCUGCGAUGACAACAUUGGAAGGAACAGGUGACAACUGGCUACUCUGCUACAAUAAAGGUUGUGGAAAGAAAUACAAGUCUGAUGAAAAUACAUCUGAAUCUUGUCUUCAUCAUCCAGGAGCUCCCUUUUUUCAUGAUGCAUACAAAGGCUGGUCUUGUUGCAAUAAAAAAACUACUGAUUUUACUGAUUUUUUAAACAUGAAGGGUUGCACUAAGUCGUACCACAGUAACGUAAAACCAGUUGAACCAGCAAAACAAAUCAAAGAAACAUCAAAUAGUUCUGAAGGAAAAGAGACUGUAGUACAAAAAGCUUGUCAACCCCAAUGCCAACAACCUUUGGAGAGACCAAGUGAAGAAAGUCCAGUUUGUAGACUACCUUUGACAGUGGGUGAUUCUCUAAAACCUUUAUUGGAGAAGCUUAAAGAAAAGGGAAAUGAACAACUAACAGGAGAAAAAGAUAAUGAGAACAUCGUUAUAUCUAUCGGAACUCAGUGUAAAAAUGGAGGUUGCAAAGUGGCUUAUGAAGGUGAGCAAAGUGAUUCCCAAACCUGUAGUUAUCACCCAGGGGUGCCAAUCUUUCAUGAAGGGAUGAAAUUCUGGUCGUGUUGCACAAAAAGGACAACAGAUUUUGAAAGUUUCUUAGAGCAGGAAGGCUGUACAACUGGUAAUCAUGUCUGGAUUAAAAAAAAGAGCACUCAGGAGAAUAAAGUAUCCUGUCGAUAUGACUGGCACCAAACUGGAUCUUAUGUUGUUGUGACAGUCUACUCUAAAGUCCCAAAUCCUGACCUUUCCUUUGUAGAAGCCAACCCUGUCAAGCUUCGUAUGUACAUUAUAUUUGGAGAAGAAAGAGAGGUAUUUGACAUGGAGCUAAUUCUUUCAGGGGUAAUUGAUGUAGAGAAAAGCUCUGUCAUCUUUCUGGGAAGCAAAGUAGAAAUUAAAAUGAAGAAGGCAGAACCUAUGAGCUGGAGAAAUUUAACUUUUCCGACCAAGAAGCCGGAAAAAGUUGAAGAAAUAGAUGAUGAUAACUUAAGUGACUAAGACUCGUUAUGUGAUUAUGUUCGUUAAUUUUUACAGUAUUAGAUUGUAUUUGUUUAUCUUGUGUGUUCAUCUCAAGUAGCUAUCAAAGUACAUACAUUGGAGAUCUAGUUAAUGAUUAUCUCUGUUUUUUUAUACAUCAUUUGCAGAUGAAAAACUUCAUAAUUGUACGAAUGUCAUUUUUUGAAAGGAAUGAAUCAUAUACAUCUCUCGGCAAGCUUUCUGUCCUUGGAAAAUAUUUUAAAAUAUUGUAUGUGCUAAACACCUACAUAGUCUAUAUGUAGCUGUAGUUCUUAACCAUUGUUAAAUAGAAAAAAAUAAGAUUUAGAUGUGUCGUUAAUUCUUUUCAUUACAAUUUCUUAUGUUUUAUGAUAAUUUGCAAAUUUAUUUAGAGUAAAUUACAAACACUUACAACGUAGUCAAACAAUUUCUAGUAGUUAGAAAAAGUAGGAUUUUAUAUGUUUGAAUUCUUAUCUUAUUAAAAGUCAAUAAAAUAUACCAAUCAACAUAGCCUUUGUUUUACUGUAAUUUAAUUGCUUUACAAGAGCUACAGUGAUAAGAUUUUUUGUCGUGAAGUUCACUUUUGUAACAAUAUGGGAAGAAACUAUAAAGUUAUCGAAAUAUGCUUCAUAAAAAGAUCCGAAAACGUCCAUCUUGUUCAAUGACUGAAGUGUAAUUAAUUUAAAAUGGUUAAUUGAUGAAAGAUGAUGGAGUUUAAGUUUGGAAAACCAUAAAAUUUAAAAGUAGAAAAAUUUAGAGUGAAUUAAACGCUGUCCUGUUUAGCGAAAGUUCAAAGCUGUCGUGUAACUUGUAUAGGCAAAUUGUAUUUUAAAGCUAAUUUGGAAUUAGUACAAAAAUAUGGAGAAAAGUUUGGAUGUUUCUGAACUUAUUAUCAAUAUACAUAUAAUUUUAGCAGUAUCAAAAAAUAUGAAUAACUAUAGCAGAUGCUUCUAAGUUUGCACUUGUUGUUGUUGUUGUUUAAGUAUAACUUCAUAUACAACUGAAGAUUUAUUGGUGGAAAACACUCAUAGUAGGAGGACUAUAAUAUUUUCGUAUUUCAUCAAAAAAAUUUUAAGGACCUUUUAUAAUAUUCGGUAAUGCCUUAUGAAAUUUAUACUGUAUGCUACUUGGGGUUUUAGAUAAUACCAUUUAAAUCUGAAUUAUUGUUCCAUUUUAUGAAUAAAGAAAAUUGAAGCAUA